AUGAGGGCCCUUGCCGUUCUGGCCGCGGGGGCGGCACCUGCCGCGCGGGCCACCGGGGGCAGCACCACCUCGGAGGUGCCGGCGGACGCCGCAUCCUGCACGUGGCCGCAGUGCACCUACAAGUGCCGUUGCAAGAACUACGACCCUGUCGGCUCCUGCGCGGUCUCGCUCGUGAUCCCGAAUUUCUCGAAAGUUCCCGAUGCGUUCAACGAUUUCGAGGGAUGCGCGCCCGACCGCGGCCCGACCGAGUGCUUCCUGGGCAAGUGCCUCUGCAAAGAGGGCUUCUGCGCCUCGGAGGACGGGGAGUCCUGCGAGCCAGAGGUGUGCGUCCCGGGCGCCACGGCCCCGCAGUACGAGCCGACGGACUAUUGGAUGGGUAAGUUCUACGAUCUGGCCUCGAGCGACAGGUUCCCGCCGCCUGGCACCACGAAGAGCGAGGCGCUUGUUUUUGUCCGGGAGAAUGCGCUCUGGCCCGCCGUCCUCAUCGUGCUGGGGCUGAUCGUGGGGAUAUUGACCUUCGUCUGCCUCUGCCUCAGCCCCGGCAUCGGCGACAAGAGGGGCAUGAAGGUCUCGCGGCGCCCCGUGAGUCCAGCAUCCCGGAAGAUGCUGGUCGAGCCCUCCCUCUGCCCGAUGUUAUCCGUGGCUGGGCUAACUUUGGUCCUGAACGUGGUGCUCAUCGUCCAGAGGUCUGCAACCUACGCGCGCACUGCCGGUGCCCUCGACGAGACGGUCGCCCACUUGUUGCGCGACGUCACGACUGUGCAGCAGCAGGCAGGUGAGAUCAACCGCACCGUCCGUGGCCUGCAACACCGGUUGGAAGAUGCCCCGCAGUCGUGCGCCGGCGUGGGAGACCAGACCAAGGAGAUGCUGGCGGACAGGACGCGAAGUGCCGUGAGCGGGUACUGCGACCAGGUGGAGAAUUUCACCAAGCAGAUCCAGCCUUUGCCGGCCGAGGUCAAAGAGGUGCAAGGACACAUGCACGAUUUCUUCCCAUUUCUCAAGUGGGGGCCGGUCUUGCCCGUUCUCGUCAUGACCUUGGCGAACGUUCUCAUGGUCAUUGAGGCUUUCCUGACCCGCGUCUACGGGACCAGCACGCUGGCGAGGGAAGAGGACUUCGCGAUGCACGUAGCUGCUGUUAUAUUCUUCCUGGUGAUCUUGAUCGUGGCGGUCAUCUCGGCGGCAGAGGUCUCAGUAGGCAUUGCAGCGAGCUUAUUCUGCAACGACGUCGACGAGAACGUCCAGCAGUAUGCGGCGUUCUAUGUAAACCAAAUGAACACCUCUGAGGGCAACAGGCAGAUGAUGGUCAAUCUGACCAAGUUCUACAUCAGCGGGGGACUGCCGAGCCCCGUGGGAACGAAGUUGAGGACCUUGUUGAAGUAUUUCAAGGCCCUCCAGGAGUAUUAUAACUCCGCCAUGGUGCAGGACAAUGCGGGGGUCCCUGCAGCGCUUUGCCCCGCGCUAAGCGAAAUCUCGAUGCGCGAGGACCUCCUCAUGCCAGCGAAGGGCGCGAUGGAUAGCAUGCUCCCGCUGAUCAAGACCAGCAAUAUCUUUCCCUAUUACGACAGAGUGGUCCACGAUAUGAUGUGCGGCUCUGUCGUCGAGACCCUUGGCUGGACGGUGGUGACGCAGGCCAUCGUCGGCUUCAUCUGCUUCCCGGCGUGCGCGGUGCUGACGCACCGGUUCCUGAGCAGCUGGGCCGUCUGGAAGUCCAGGACGGAGCAGGCCAGCGAGGAUAUGUUUGACGACAUGCACGAGGCGACGGGGAAGUUCCGCGCCGACGACGCGGAGGGUUUCUCAUCCGAGUCCGACGACGAGGUGCAUUGCUUCGGCGUCUGGCGGGGCGGCCGUCGCGAGAACGGCGAGGCCCGUGACAGCCAGGCCCUCAUCUCUCCGCGGCACCAGCAGAGCUGGAGCCGAUGA